CCAAGGUGUACAAUAUAUGCAACAACACUUGUGAGGUAUUCAAUUCCAGAAUUCUGCAGUAUAGAUGCAAGCCUAUUAUCACAAUGCUUGAAGAAAUUAGAAGUUAUAUCAUGAGAACCAUGGCUGCCCACAAGGUUAAACUUUCUGGAAAACCUGGACCAUUAUGUCUAGUGCAGUAUAAAAGACUAGAAAAAGAAUUCCAUUUUGCUAAUCAAUGGACUCCCAUUUGGUGUGGUGAUAACAUGGGCCUGAGAUAUGAGGUCCACAUGUGGGGGAAUAAGGUUGAGGUCAAUUUAGGUGAAUGGACAUGCACUUGUGGAGUAUGGCAACUAACAGGGAUGCCAUGCCGACAUGCCAUUGCAACAAUAACUCACAAAGGAGGGAAGCCUGAGGACAUGUGUCAUGAGUGGCUGUCAAUAGAAGCUUAUAAUAAGACAUACCAGCAUUUUAUUGAACCAGUCCAAGGACCACAAUAUUGGGCCCAGACACAGUAUACACACCCUGUUCCACCACAUAAAAGGGUCCAAAGAGGAAGGCCAAAGAAAAAUAGAAGGAGAUCUGUAGAUGAGGACAAUGUCACAGGACAUAAGCUAAAGAGGAAAUUGGCUGAGUUUACAUGUGGAAGGUGUGGCCAAACCAAUCAUAACAUUAGAAGCUGUAAAAAUAUUGGAGUUCCUGUUAGGCCAAAGAAAUAUGUUGCACCAUCAACUUCAAAUGAGGAUGACCACCUAUUAUCUCAAGAUGAACAAGCUUUGAAUGAGGCUGAAGAAGCUGCUGCUCAUGUUCAACAAGAUCCGGUGGAGAUUAAUUUAUCUCAGCCUCAUUUGUCACAAGAUAGUGACAUGGAGUUGAUGGUCCCUGCAACUAUUGUUCCACCAAUAGCAAGGAAUAAGCUAACCAUAACAAGAGCCAAACAAAGGAAGGUUGCUGAUAAAGAUGAUGCAGAAAACUGA